CUGCCCCUGAAAACAGUCUUCCUGGCGUUGUGGUCUAGCUUGGCUUCUCCUGUAAAAGAUGUGACCUUUGAUCCAACCCUCGUUAUCCAAACAGACGCUAGGCUAAACAUAACGUAAUUUACGAAGCAGGUACCGGGGCCAGAUGAAAGCAACGCGGGGAUUGCUUGUCCACAGAAGCUCGGAUCAGUCAAGCACCUCCGCUGCUUACCGAUGAUACUCAUUCCGUGCGUCUGCGCUUUCACCUGCGUGCUGAUCAUCGUUUUGGCAUUUCUAGGGGUAAUCGGUAAUAGACCUUCUUUUGAUGAAGACAGCAAGGACUCAUUUCUGCACGUGGCGGGCACACAAUCGCUUGCUCAGACAACAAAUGAAACUUAUACCCUUGUGCCAUCUACCAUUGACCCAGUUCGCAAGAUGUCUUUCCAUAUCCUCAAAAUUGCCCACAUUUUGACAAAUGUUAACAGAACAUAUGAUGAUGAUGAUGAAUAUUUUGAUACCAUCUAUGAUCAGUGUAACAACGUGAGUCCCAGCCAAUGUGAAAUGAUGCCCUUUCAUCAGACUACUUCAAUUCUCAACACCAUAGAUAUGGACUUUUAUCUCUCUGUCUUCCUCCAGCUCCAACACAUAAAAUGCUAUAAUCAUAUCUUGCUGUUUGGGUGCAGCAUUGCCUUUCCAGGGUGCAUCAAUGACACUGAGAGAUCAAUAAUGCUACCAUGCAUGUCAUUCUGUGAGGAGGCAAUGGAAGGUUGCGGAAUGCUGUUAAAAAUUCUGACUACAAAUUGGUCAGGUUUCAAUUGUUCUUGGCUUGUCAAUGACACAGGAAUGGAAAACACCAACAGGAUAUGUUUCUCACCGCAACAAUUGGAAGGAAAAAAAAGCUGCAAAGAGCCAGACCACUUCAUGUGCAGUACUGACUUCUGUAUCCCAAGGAAACUGGUGUGCAAUGGUUACAAGGAUUGCGAAGACUGGAGCGAUGAAGCAAACUGCACCUGUGAUGAGGGGGAGUUUCAUUGUGGCACUGGCAAGUGCAUCCAUUACAAUAACACAUGUGAUGGUUACAAUGACUGUGAGGAUCUGAGUGAUGAAAUGAACUGCGAGUGCAAUCCGGAGCUACAUUUCAGAUGUGGAGACGGUAGAUGUAUCGCGAAGGCCUGGGUUUGUGAUCGAGACAAUGACUGCUCAGACAUGUCUGACGAGGCAAACUGUUCUUGCUCGAGUCUGGGUAUGUUGGAAUGUAAUAAUACCCAGUGUAUUCCAAGGAGCUACCAAUGUGAUGGUCACAGUGAUUGUGAAGACAUGAGUGAUGAACUACAGUGUUCCUACUUUCAUGGUAAAUGCGAACCUAUAACUUUUGAGUCUUGUAUGAAUCUGUCAUACAAUACCACCAUCUAUCCGAACCUUCUAGGCCACAUGGAAGAGAAGAGAGCAUCCAAUGUCUGGAUGAAUCACAGGUUUUCAUCCCUCAUUUGGACUGCUUGUUACAAGUACAGCAUAUUCUUUGUAUGUACUGUCUUUUUUCCAAAAUGUGACCCUGAGACAAAUCAACCUGUGCCACCUUGCAGAUCCUUGUGUGAAGAAUCCAAAGAUCACUGUGAAUUAUUUCUGAGAGCUUUUGGAGAUUAUUGGCCAACCAUCCUGGACUGCAGCCAAUUCCCUAUGGAAAAUUCUGACAACCAUUCCUGCCUGCUGCCUGAUGAGAGUGUAGAAGAGUGUUCCCCAAGUGAUUUCAAGUGCAAAUCAGGGAGAUGUAUCUCAGCAUCAAUGGAGUGUGAUGGGCAUCCAGACUGUGAUGAUUCCAGUGAUGAAAAACAAUGUGAGUGUUCCCCAAGUGAUUUCAAGUGCAAAUCAGGGAGAUGUAUCUCAGCAUCAAUGGAGUGUGAUGGGCAUCCAGACUGUGAUGAUUCCAGUGAUGAAAAACAAUGUGGUUGUAGUGAGAGAAACCUGUGGGAAUGUCCCACUGAGAAGAUCUGUAUCGAGCAUGCAAUGAGAUGUGAUGGUUUCCAGGACUGCGCUGACAGAGCAGAUGAAAAGAAUUGCUGUAAUUCGUCACUGUCUUUAUGUAUUUUUUCUUCUAUCGAUAAAUUGAUUAGUUUUGCUCUAGAGCAUGUCAUCUUUAAAAAGUCUGGAGCUUCCUGUGCAGAUGAUGAGAUGGUCUGCAAUAAUUAUGCCUGUGUGUCCCGUCACCUUUGGUGUGAUGGGAGAAUGGAUUGUCGUGAUGGCUCCGAUGAAUGGAACUGUGUGUCGCUGUCAAGUGGUGCGGAUUCCUUUGCUCAGCUUAUAGUACACAGGUCGACAUCUGACUAUUAUAUUUGUGCUGAUGAUUGGCACGAGGAGCUCAGCCAGCUGGCUUGCAAUCAGCUUGGUUUAGGAGGCCCUGCAGUGACUCGCAGAGUGGUGGAGCACGACCAUGUGCAAUGGAGAAGGUGGUUACGUUUAAGUCCUGAUUGGAGGAGUAAAAAUACAUCCACUUUACAAGCCCUGUUAGUUACCGGGGAAGAGUGUCGAAGUAAAAGCAAGAUCUCUCUCCAUUGCACCAAAGAAGACUGUGGUCAGCACCCAAAAAUUCGACUCAAAAGAGUUCUAGGAGGCAGAACAAGUCAUCCAGGCCGCUGGCCCUGGCAGGGCUCCCUGCAGAUUGAGGCUGGUGAAAAUUUCUGUGGCUGUGUGCUGAUUAGACGAAAAUGGGUUUUGACAGUGGCACAUUGCUUUAAUAUGCAUAAAAAUGCAUCUGCCUGGAGGGUUGUGUUUGGUAUCAACCAUCUGAAAUACCCAACUGAAUCUACACAGAUCCGGAAAGUGAAACAGAUUAUCAUACAUCCACGCUACGAAAGUCAACCUUAUGAUAAUGACAUCAGUCUGCUGGAGCUCCAUGAAGAAAUCAAUGUGACAAGUUACGUUCGACCUGUUUGUCUACCUAGAACGGACCAAGUGGUGGAACUAGAUACAUACUGUUCCAUCGCAGGGUGGGGUUUCACUGGCAGCAAUGAUCCAAUGAAGCUUCAGGAAGGAGAAGUCCGUAUUAUAUCCUAUGAUUAUUGUCGGAACGCCUUCAGAUCUGAAAAAAUCACUUCUCGAAUUUUAUGUGCAGGUUAUCAACAUGGAGCUGUGGAUACCUGCCAAGGUGACAGUGGAGGACCCCUGGUUUGUGAGCAGCCUGGAAAGAGCUGGACAUUAUUUGGUUUAACCUCUUUGGGACGUCAUUGUUCUGGAACAAUCCAUCACCCUGGCUUAUACUCCAAUGUAACUCAUUUUGUUGAAUGGAUUGAGAGACAGAUCUACAUUCACACAUUUUUAUAAAUGAAUUAUUUAAAGGCCAGUACUGCAGCAUCCCAGAUGAGAUGUCAAGCAGGAGGCAAAAUUGUGUACAUUGACAUGGCCAACAAAAUCACUUCCUUUGUGAUUGCACUUUUGUGUUCACUGAAAAUAUCUGAUAAUAAUCAUUCCUAUCACCACUCUUGACCUUCGUGUUUAUUAAAAAGAUUUGGUAAUCUAAUUCAUUUGGAAUAGCUACAUCAAUCUGCUCUACUAGGCAAUUAGAUCCAGCAGUGCUUAUAAAUAUUGACCUGAAGGACAUUAAGAAAUAUUUGUGCCAUCAGCAACACAUUAAUCAUCUGUUGGUUUGUCUUGAGUUUUACAUUACAGUAUUUCCAUUUCAAAACUGUACAACCCUAUAUGCCCUAGGUCAUUCUGUGAUGCUGAAAUAGUCUAUGGAAAAAAUCAUCACCUUUAACCUGACUGUUCAAAAAAUUAUCUUGCACAUUCUUCACGAGACUGCCUCACAUUGAGAAUGCUGGUGAGAGGAUAAAUCCUUUCAUAUUUUUCAGAAGUAUUUAUUGGUUGGUCUAUUUUGCUACAGUGCAAAACUGUCAAAUCCAAAGUUGAAUUCUAGACCUGUUCUACGUAACGAUAUUUCUACAAUAUUUUUUAUAUCGUAAAUGUAAUCAUCACUGUAGAAUAUUUUCAGCAUGUUGAUAUCAAAAGUGCAUUUGGUAGCUUCAACAAUGAUUUGUUAACUGGACUAUGUGUUCAAACAAAAUGUAUUUUAUGCAGUAAAAUUCUUCCCUGACUGUCAAGUAGGUGGCGUGUGGGAAAGAGAGCAGGGUUUAGAUGGGUGAUUAUGAACUGAAAAUGUAUUUAAAAUUACAUAACUAAUUGAUUUUGUAGUAUUAAUCAUAUCAGAAUAAACUUGGUCUAUGUAGCAGCUUACAGUUUUAAAGUAGGAAGCAACCAUGCAAAGCACGAAUAAAGUGCACUUCUCUAGAAUCCAUAGUGUAAUUUUAUUACCCUAAUUAAGUUUAUAAUCAAGAUAUAAAUAAAACGGGGACACAAUCAGUGGCAUGGAGCUUCGUAACAGUAGUUCAAAAAAAUAAUAUUUUCUGAGGGUCUCAUCUUUCAUUCUGAAUUAAGCUUAUUUUCCUUCACAGUUUGAUACUUUUUUGUAUAAACAUGAAUGAAAUAAAAUCUUUCUUGCCCCUUCACUGGUGUUAUUACUCUUUAUAUUGUCAAAUAUUCAUUAUAUGUGAAAUAUGCAAACUUAACUCUGUUAUAAAGCAUUGUGUACUUUUAAUAAUACUGUUGUUAAGUGGUAAUGAUGUUCUUACCGUAAGUUACUCUUUGAUCCCAAUGUUUGGUUUUGGCUCAUUCUGUGCGUUCACAUUGCACUUUGUCUAAAUAAAUAUUACACUUUGAUUAUAGAACUUUCAAUGAUGUAAUACUAUAAGCUUAAUUUAGAAAUGAGAAAAGAGUUUUUGAGAAAUAUCUGUAAUGAACAAAGUAACAUUCCAUGUAAAGAAAUAACUGCAUUUCAGAAAAUAUUCUUAUAUUCCUUUUUGUAGGUGCGCUCUUAAAAAUAGUGUGUUUACAAAUUAUUUUCUUGGUGUUUUAAUUGAUGUUUACAAAUGCCUUGGUUCAGGGGUUCCCACCCUGGAGUCCAUAGAUCCUUUGAUUAAUGGUAGGGAUCCAUUCUAUAAAAAAAUUGGGAACCCCUGCAUUAGUUGAUAGGCAGUGAUGCAGACUGGUUCCACUGUUAGCACCAGAUGAAAUGAGAGUCAUUCACUUGUUAAGACAUAAUCUAUUAACCCUAGUUCUUGCCUUUAGGAGUUUGGAAUCUGAAAAUUCAGGUUGCUGUUUUUUUGUCUUCAAUAAUAAGUGCACCUCAAAUAAGGUUUUGGACUUGAGCUUCUGUGAUUUAACUGGUUAUUCAUUACAUUGAUGCAUUUUAGUUUUCCAGUGCUGUGUCAUCAAAUUAUGAUGUUAUUAAGCAGAAAGUUGGGAGUGCAAAUAGGGUACAGGAGUAUUCAGGGAAAUGCACAACAGAAAUGUGGAGGCUGUUUAGGGAGCACUUGCAUGGGGUUCUGGAUAGGUUUAUCCCAUUGAGGAAGAGAAAGGAUGGUAGGGUGAAGGAAUCAUGAUUGACAUGAGAUGUGGGACAUCUAAUCAAGAGAAUGAAAGAAGAGUACUUAAGGUUUAGGAAGCAAGGAUCUAGGAAGUUACAAGUAGCCAGGAGGGAGUUUAAGAAUCAUCAUCAGUGAUGACUUGCAGUUGAGUAUGAUUAUUCUGGUGGCUGCUCUGGUCACUUGUGGGUCUUGAGAUGACUGAAGUGGCCAAAAAAUGAUCCACAAGCCCUAUUGCAGUGUUGGCAGGUGUAGGUCAUUGAAGUGGUGGCAGAUGUAGCUGGUUGGGCCUUUCCCAGUCUCUCCUUAUGGUGAAGCCUCUUAGUCUCAGUAGCACAGUGGAGGUAUUCUUCAAGCUGUGCAGUCCCCUCAUAGACAGUCCAUCUCCAGCUUUUCCUAUCCCAUGUUAAUUUCUCCCACCCAUUCAGGGUGAUGUGGCACUUCCUCAGGUGGGCCUUGAUAUUGUCUUUGAAUCACUUUUUCUGCCUUCCAGGAGUGCACUUUACAUUCUUGAGUUGAUCAAAUAGGAGUUGUUUAGGGAGGUGGGAGUCAGGCAUGCGGAUGAUGUGGCCAACGCAUCACAAUUGGUGUUUAGUCACGAUUGUGGCUAUGGAGUUAAUGUUAGCUUCCUCCAGGAUGCUGGAGUUAGUAUGUCUGUUCUUCCAGCUCAGAAUCUUUUGGAGGCAUCUUUGAUGGUAAAUUUCCAGGGAUUUUAUGUCUGCUGUAUGUUGUCCAUGACUCCGCUCCAUAUAACAAGAAGGGCACAAUAGCUUUACUCCUCAAUACCCAGAGACUAGACUGACAUCUACAUCAUUUAUAUUGUAAUUUGUCCUCUACCGUGCCUAUUGUCUUGUUUAUUAUUUAUUGUACUGCCCUGCACUGUUUUGUGCACUUUAUGUAGUCCCAUGUAGGUCUGUAGUCUAGUGUAGUUUUUGUGUCGUCUUAUGUAGUCUAGUGUAGCCUUGUGUUGUCUCACUUAGUCUAGUGUAGUUUUGUGUUGUUUCACGUAGCACCAUGGUCCUGGAGGAACGUUGUUUUGUUUUUACUGUGUACUGUACCAGCAGUUUAUGGUCGAAAUGACAAUAAGAAGUGACUUGACUUGACUUGGUUGGAAGUUUAGGAGCUUAAUCUGGAGCAGGUUGGUGUAGGACUUGUGUUUUAGUGAUGUUCAGAUCAAGACCCGGGAGCUGGUAUGCUCUGGCAAAAGCUUCCGUUAUGCACUGCAGAUCCUCCUCAGAGUGAACCAUGAUGGCGUUGUCAAAUGCAUAUUGGAGCUC